GCAAACACUUGUUUUUGAGAAUAGUCGUGUAUCCUUGGUAAGAAAAUGAGAACGGCUAAGAAGACGUCUAAAAAGGGAGUUCCCUUUAAUUUGCUCGUUGUUGGAGACGCUGGUUUGGGUAGAACAGCUUUUGUGAACACUUUAUGUGAAAAACCAUUGAUUAGAAACGACAAUGCCAACUUUGAUCCUUCGUCUGCGGCCUCAAUGUCUCCAGUGGAGGUCAUUCCAUAUCAGACUGAUAUUACAUUGGAGGAUGGAUUUAGAAUUAGCUUGACGAUUCUGGAUACUCCUCAUUUUAAUGAAGCUAUUGAUAAUGAAAAUAAUUUUGAUAUUAUUCUUCAAUACGUUGAAAGUCAAUACGACAAUGUCUUGGAAGAAGAAACACGAAUCAAGCGAAAUGCCAAGUUCUGUGAUGAUCGCGUUCACGCACUCAUUUAUUUUAUCUCCCCUACAGGCCAUGGCCUUAGAGAAUUAGAUAUCGAAUUGAUGAAACGACUUGCACCCCGGGUAAACGUGAUUCCCGUGGUUGCAAAGGCGGAUUCUUUGACCGCUGAAGAACUUAAAGCUACAAAGCAGAUGAUCCUUGAUGAUAUUGCAUACUAUCAUAUUCCUGUGUAUAAUUUCCCUUAUGAUGAAGAAGAAGAUGAUGAAGCGUUAGUUUCCUUGAGCAAGAGUUUGCGCUCCAAAAUGCCAUUUGCAAUUGUAAGUUCGGACCGUUUAAUCGACAUUAAUGGAAGCACAAUCCGCGGACGUGCCUACCCUUGGGGCGUUGUAGAUGUCGAUAAUCCUUCUCAUUCAGACUUCUUAGCUUUGCGUUCUGCUAUUUUUUCUUCCCAUUUGGAGGACUUGCAAUCAAUCACCAACAAUCAGCUCUACGAGACAUACCGUACGGAAAAAUUGUCUGCCUCGCAUUUGGCAAUGGAUAGUACCUCCUCUUUUAGUGAUGUUAAUUCAGGUAAUCAACAAGACCAAGUUUUGCGAGAAGAUAGAUUACGGGCAAUUGAACUGUCUGUGCAACGUGAAAUUGAAGAGAAACGUCGCCAGUUGUUAGCACGCGAAGACGCAUUGAGAGCUUUGGAAGAGAAGAUUGCCGCUUCUACUACGGCAAUGGCAAAUACGAGCGUUUCCACCCUUCCUUCCACCGCUAAUUCCGCUUCUCAGUCCCAAACAUAACUGUUAAUUAUCAUCAAUUCUGGAUAUCCUUUAAUGUAAUUCAUUUCUUACAAUCACUACUUUCCUUGAAAUCUCAGUACCAGAUAUAUAAAUAUAUAUAUAUUGCUUAGUUAUUUGAAUGGAAUCUAACAUGAACACGAAUUCAAUACACUUUUUUGACAAACCAAUG